UGAACACCCUGAGGGAUCCGACUCCCAGCCCCUCAGGGGGCUUAACCAAUCAGUGGUUUGAAUCAUGAGACUCUUGGUAAAGAAAUCUGCCACUUACUUUGGGAAUCAUUCUCUGGAUACCGUUUUCUCUCGCGUGAACCUCCACUGCUGCCCUGGCGACCGCCUCAGGUGCAGCCAAGUAGCCCCCCAACGAGCCACCUCCAUCUGAGGGGACCCCUGGCUCAGCCCGGGAGCAUGAGGAGCAAGGGGCGCAUAAGGCUAAAAGCAGGUCACGGGGGCUGGAGAGUUGGAGGAGGCCCUGAAGGGGAUAUGACUGGUUGGUCCAGGAUCUGUAACCCUGCAAGCUGGGGUCCCUCCUUGGGGCUGGGGGCUCCUCACACCCUCCCGGAUCUCAGAACGUACAAUCGGCCGGCAGUCCCCACUCCGGAGACCUCUUCCAGUGCGCAGCCGUGAGCGGGCACGUGGCGCUGAGACCCUCUUGGCGCAUGCGCAUCAGCGCCCACUUCCGGCCUUGUUUAAGCUCUUUCAGACCCGGAGGUGAGAUGGUGAACUGUUUUGCAGCGCGGGGACCAGCUUCCUGGGUGAGUUCCCUCCUCCUGAAACCGGCACGCCUCCGGGUCUGCAGGGCCUGCCUCUCUCCAGUCGCUCCUCGCCUUCCGUCCCGAGGGCCAGUUUGUGAACAGCCCUGGAAGAACACAGGCCUGGCGGGGCUUCCUCAAGGCCAGGCUUCGUAAAAUGGACAUCCCUGUAGAAACUAAUUGAAUCUUGUUGGUGCCUGGGAUAAUGAAUAAUGUCAGCACACUUCAGAGAUUAAAGAUCCACACCAAAGGGAAGUGGCAGCAGAAGAGAUUAGCUGUGCUUCCUGGAGACAUCAGUUGCGACAGGAUGGUCUCCCGUGGUUGGACCAUGUUCCACACUGCAUGCACCAGGAUAACGCUCAGUGAAAACCAGACGUCUUCUUGCCAAUUCCAUGACACAAAGGAAGUCCACCCUACCAGCCUGGCUUGUAUAAAGCAUCUACACAGGGUCAGGCACUUUCACAAAAACCUCAGGAUAUCACUUAAUUCAUCAACUAGAAACAAAGGCUCCUUCCAGUUUUCUUCCUGGGUGUUUUUGGACACGAGUACAUCCUAUUGAAAUAUUUCCACCUCCAUCUACAAAGAAAAGACUUGGAGCACCUCCAUCCACUGUCAAUAGGACUUGAAUGACCGACUGUUUCUUGCUUACUACUUGAAGGCACCUAAAUAGAAGUUCACGAGACUCCUUGUAGACCCCAUUGAUCCCACUGUCAAGGAAAUCUCGCAGGACCUCUGACUGAGGAAAAUGUCUGACCCUCCCAGCAGCCCUCUCCUGGCCGAGCCUCUUUCCGGCAGAUACAAACUCUAUGAGUCAGAGUUUACCAACCCGAGCUGGCCCUCCAGCCCCCAGGAUACACACCUGGCCCUGCCCCUCCUGGAGAUGCCCGAAGAGAAGGAUCUCCGUUCAUCCAAUGAAGACAGCCAUAUUGUGAAAAUGGAAAAACCCAGCGAAAGGACUAAAAGGAGAGAAAGUGGGGCAGCCCAUCGGAGCUCUGCAGGCUUGGGGGGCAUCAGCCUCUUCCAAGCAGUGGGCUACCUCACAGGGGAGAUGAAAGAGUGCAGGGGCUGGCUGAAAGAUAAGCCCCUGGCCCUCCAGUUCUCAGACUGGGUCCUGAGGGGGGCUGCUCAGGUGAUGUUUGUCAACAACCCUCUCAGCGGACUCAUCAUCUUCAUAGGACUCCUGAUCCAGAAUCCCUGGUGGACGAUUACCGGGGGUCUAGGGACAGUGGUCUCAACCUUAACUGCCCUCGCCUUGAACCAGGACAGGUCUGCCAUCGCCUCCGGCCUCCAUGGAUACAACGGCAUGCUGGUGGGACUGCUCAUGGCCGUGUUCUCGGAGAAGUGGGACUAUUACUGGUGGCUUCUGUUUCCUGUGACCUUCACAGCCAUGACCUGCCCACUUCUUUCCAGUGCCUUGAAUUCCAUCUUCAGCAGGUGGGACCUCCCGGUCUUCACGCUGCCCUUCAACAUGGCCGUGACCCUGUACCUGGCGGCCACCGGCCACUACAACCUCUUCUUCCCCACGACACUGGUGGAGCCCAUGUCUUCGGUGCCCAACAUCACCUGGACAGAGAUGGAGAUGCCCUUGCUGCUACAAGCCAUCCCGGUCGGGGUCGGCCAGGUGUACGGCUGCGACAAUCCCUGGACAGGCGGCGUGUUCCUGGUGGCUCUUUUCAUCUCCUCGCCACUCAUCUGCCUGCAUGCCGCCAUUGGCUCCAUCGUGGGGAUGCUGGCGGCCCUGACGGUGGCCACGCCCUUUGAGACGAUCUACAUGGGCCUCUGGAGCUACAACUGUGUCCUCUCCUGUAUCGCCAUUGGGGGCAUGUUCUACGCCCUCACCUGGCAGACCCACCUGCUGGCCCUCGUCUGUGCCCUGUUCUCUGCAUACAUGGGAGCGGCCCUCUCCAACAUAAUGUCGGUGGUUGGUGUGCCACCAGGCACCUGGGCCUUCUGCCUUUCCACCCUCAUCUUCCUGCUCCUGACAACCAACAACCCUGCCAUCUAUAAGCUCCCGCUCAGCAAAGUCACCUACCCAGAGGCCAACCGCAUCUACUACCUAAAAGUGAAGAGCAGUGAAGAAGAGAAGUCCGCCAGCGGUGGCAGUAGGGAGCAGCCGGCCACAGCAAGCCCCAAGGCCGAUGAGGGCUCGGAGGCCGUGCCCCCCAAGCCCAGGAGUGUGUUCCACAUCGAGUGGUCAUCUAUUCGGAGGAGAAGCAAAGUGUUUGGAAAAGGCGACCACCAGGAGAGACAAACCAAAGACCCUUCUCCCUAUCAGUACCGGAAGCCCGCGGUUGAGCUGCUGGAUCUGGACGCCAUGGAGGACAGCACUGAGAUAAAAGUGGAAGCGAACACUUCCAUGGCUUCCUGGAUUCAGAGUCACCUGACUGCCCAUGGGAAGAGGGUCAGCAGAGCCCUCAGUUACAUCACCGGGGAGAUGAAGGAGUGCGGCGAGGGGCUUAAAGACAAAUCCCCAGUGUUCCAGUUCCUUGACUGGGUCCUCCGGGGCACGUCGCAGGUGAUGUUUGUGAACAACCCCCUCAGCGGCAUCCUCAUUGUGCUGGGCCUCUUCGUCCAGAACCCCUGGUGGGCCAUCUCGGGCUGCUUGGGCACUUUUGUGUCCACUUUGACAGCCCUCAUCCUGAGCCAGGACAGGUCGGCCAUUGCGGCAGGACUCCACGGCUACAACGGGGUGCUGGUGGGGCUGCUGAUGGCCGUGUUCUCAGACAAAGGCAACUAUUACUGGUGGCUUCUGCUCCCCGUCAUCAUGAUGUCCAUGUCGUGCCCCAUCCUCUCCAGUGCCCUGGGGACCAUCUUCAGCAAGUGGGACCUCCCAGUCUUCACGCUGCCCUUCAACAUCGCCGUGACCCUGUACCUGGCGGCCACUGGCCACUACAAUCUCUUCUUCCCCACGACGCUGCUGCAGCCUGCAUCCUCCGCACCCAACAUCACCUGGUCAGAGGUCCAAGUGCCCUUGCUUCUGAGAGCCAUCCCUGUAGGAAUCGGCCAGGUCUACGGCUGCGACAACCCCUGGACCGGAGGCAUUUUCCUCAUAGCUCUGUUCAUCUCGUCCCCUCUCAUUUGCUUGCACGCUGCGAUCGGCUCCACUGUGGGGAUGUUAGCAGCCCUCACUAUAGCGACGCCCUUGGACUCCAUCUACUUCGGCCUGUGCGGCUUCAACAGCACGCUGGCCUGCAUUGCCAUUGGAGGCAUGUUCUACGUCCUGACCUGGCAGACGCACGUCCUGGCCGUCGCCUGCGCCCUGUUUGCGGCCUACCUGGGCGCCGCGCUGGCUAACGUGCUCUCCGUGUUUGGACUGCCACCAUGCACCUGGCCCUUCUGCCUCUCGGCGCUCACCUUCUUGCUCCUGACAACCAACAACCCCGCCAUCUAUAAGCUUCCGCUCAGCAAAGUCACCUACCCAGAGGCCAACCGCAUCUACUACCUAUCCCAGGAGAAAAACAGAAGAGCAUCAACCAUAACAAAGUACCAGGCCUAUGAUGUCUCCUAGACUGCCUUUUUCAAAA